AUGUCUGCUGCAGACGUCUCCAAUGCUGCUCCGGCCGCUGGCCAGAACGGCACUCCCGACGCUCCUACCCAGAACGGCGCACCUGCCAUCGAUACCAAUGUUGCGCCAUCUGGUGCCUCGGGCGAUGAUGUCCCUACACCCUAUUCUGCGACUCCCAACACCGCGCAGCACUCCGCCUCGCUCUAUGUCGGCGAGCUCGAUCCCUCUGUCACCGAAGCCAUGCUUUUCGAGUUGUUUUCCUCUAUUGGCCAAGUUGCUUCCAUCCGUGUCUGCCGUGACGCCGUCACCCGCCGCUCCCUUGGGUAUGCCUACGUCAAUUACAACAAUACUGCUGACGGUGAGAGAGCUUUGGAAGAUUUGAACUACACUAGCAUCAAGGGCCGCCCGUGUCGUAUCAUGUGGUCUCAGCGCGAUCCCGCCCUCCGUAAGACUGGACAAGGUAAUGUCUUCAUCAAGAACUUGGAUGCCGCGAUCGACAACAAAGCGCUCCAUGAUACUUUCUCCCAAUUUGGCAACAUUCUCAGCUGCAAGGUCGCCCAAGAUGAGCUUGGAAACUCAAAGGGAUACGGCUUCGUCCACUACGAGACCGCCGAGGCUGCCAAUCAGGCGAUCAAAUCUGUCAACGGCAUGCUGUUGAACGACAAGAAAGUCUUCGUUGGCCACCACAUCGCAAAGAGAGAUCGCCAGAGCAAGUUCGAGGAAAUGAAGGCCAACUUCACCAAUGUCUACAUCAAGAACAUCGAUGAGUCGGUCACUGACGAAGAAUUCACCAAGCUGUUCGAGCCCUACGGCACCGUUGUCUCGGCCACCAUCACUCGCGACGAGAAUGGCAAGAGCCGUGGCUUCGGAUUUGUCAACUUUGGCAGCCACGAAUCCGCCGCCAAAGCUGUUGACGAGCUCAACGACAAGGAAUUUCACGGCAAGAACUUGUAUGUUGGACGCGCUCAGAAGAAACAUGAACGUGAGGAGGAGCUCCGCAAGCAGUAUGAAGCUGCACGCAUGGAGAAGGCUUCCAAGUAUCAAGGCGUCAACUUGUAUGUCAAGAAUUUGGCUGAUGAUGUGGACGACGACAAGCUUCGUGAUCUGUUCAGCGGCUAUGGAACCAUCACCUCCGCCAAGGUCAUGCGCGACACAGCUGAGCGUACCGCAUCCCCUGCUGCCGACAAGGACAAGGAGAACAAGAAGGAAGAUGCUGAGAAGGGUGAUGAUGAGCAGAAGACUGAGAGUGAAGGCAAGGAAGAGACCAGUGACGAGUCUAAAGAAGCCAAGAAAGAGGGCAAGCCUGGUCAGAAGAUGUUUGGCAAGAGCAAGGGCUUCGGCUUCGUCUGCUUCAGCAACCCGGAUGAGGCGUCCAAGGCAGUCUCUGAGAUGAACCAGAAGAUGGUCAACGGUAAACCGUUGUAUGUUGCGCUCGCUCAACGCAAGGAUGUUCGCAAAAGUCAGCUCGAGGCUAGUAUCCAAGCACGGAACACCCUUCGUCAGCAGCAACAGGCUGCGGCUGCUGGUAUGCCGCAAGGCUACAUCCAACCCACUGUUUUCUACGGGCCGGCUGGACAGCAAUUCCUCCCCCCCGGGGCGCAGCGUGGAGGUAUGCCCUUCCCUGGUCAACCUGGUAUGGUCAUUCCCGGUAUGCAAGGCGGCCGUGGACAAUUCCCUGGCGGUUUCCCACAACAAGGCCGUGGCAUGCCUCAAGGCCAACAGCUUCCUCCGAAUUUCGGUCUGCCUGGACAGAUGCCAUUUAUCCAGAAUCCUGCUCUGGUCAAUGGUAUGUACAAUAACCCUCAAGCCUUGGCCCAGAUGCAAGCUCAGAUGGGCCGUGGCGCCGGUGGUCGUGGUCAGAUGCAAGGCAUGCAGGGUAUGCCUCCGAACAUGCAGAGCAUGGCUGGCGUGCGUGGUGGUGGUUUCCCGCAGGGCGGUCGAGGUGGCAUGCAGAACAUGGCAGGCGCCCAAGCAGGCGCUCGGUUGCCUCCACAGGGUCGUGGACAGAUGAUGCCCGGCCGAGAAGAGGUACCUGCCAGUGGUCUAAGCAACCUUGCUUCUCUGCCCCCCAACCAACAGAAACAAAUGCUUGGUGAAGCGAUUUACCCAAAGAUCCAACAGAUUCAACCGGAGCUUGCUGGCAAGAUUACUGGGAUGCUUUUGGAAAUGGACAACUCCGAGUUGUUGGCAUUGAUUGACGAUGACAGUGCUCUUCGUGCCAAGGUGGAGGAAGCCCUUACUGUCUACGACGAGUACGUCAAAGGCCGUCAAACUACCGGUGAUGGUCCCAACGGCACGAAAGAGGAGGAUGGGUCCAAGGCUGAAGGCGGCGAAGCGACGGCUUAG